UUCAUAAAUAAUUGCCAGAAUCAAGAAAACCCGUCUCCACACAGCACGCCCACCAACGUUCAAAACCACGCCCAACGAUAGCGGCGACAUACAAAAACCACGCCCACCAAACCACUCCGACAGCUUUGAAUUGCCGAGUGCGAGUAAACCCCGCCCACCGGUCCAAGAGUUACUGCGGCUGCACGCAGGUUCCGCCUUUACCGUACAUGUAUGGUGUUGCCGCUGGCCGUGACGCGCAACCGGCCACCGACCUUUUACAUAGUCACGGGCGAUCGUCCGCGUAGUGACAGUGAGUGAGGGAGGUAAAAGACGAGAGUGUGCCUGUGACAAUGUCUACAGACAGAGAGCCUCCCGUCACUGCCAAACUCCUUCACCUCGUGUUUCUCUCCACCUUCUGGGGAAUGCAGAUAUGGGUCACCUUCAUAUCAGGCUUUGUAAUGGACAACCAUCUAAACCGACACACGUUUGGCUUCAUCCAGAGCCGGCUCUUCCCGUUUUACCUGCAUAUCGGCUCGGCCUGCGCUUUCUUCAACCUCACAAUCUUUGCCAUGUACCAUCCAAGUAACAUGCUGGAUGAGAAAGAGGCCUUCCAGAUCUUCAUUUUUUUCGUCUGUGUGACUGUGGCGGCAGUGAACGCUCAGUGGUUUGGUCAGAUGACCUCGGAGAUCAUGGCAGACAUGCACCUGAUUGAGCAGGCCUGUGGACUGGGGCAGGACAUCGGACUCUCGUCCAAUCGGGAAGCGUACGCCAAGCUCUGCGAGACAGACCCCAAGUAUAAAAAGCUAAGUGGCCGCCUGUGGCUGUAUCACCUGCUGUCCUCACUUUGUAACCUCUGCUGUAUCGUAUGUAACGGAUACAGCCUAUACUACCUGGCGGAAAACCUCACCACCCUCUGAUGACCUUCUCGCGACGUAGUGGAGUCGAGCUCCCACAAUGCAAUGCAAACCCCUGGUUAACGUCUGUGUGACUCCGGCAGCGACGACCUGCUCUCAGGUACUGGAUUACCUCCUGGCAAAUCUCCUUGUUGUUGUCUUUUUCAGUCUUUGUUGGUUUUAAUUUAGACAUAUGGUGUAUAGAGAAUAUUUUUUUUGUAAAUGUUACAGGCAGUUGCUAAACGAUAUGCGAUGUUACACGUUGCAUGGUUGAGGAAUGAGAAAAAACGAAUACGCGAGAUUAAAUUAGCAAAAACGGGAAGUGGAAGGGACAUUAUUUAAAACUUACCUUGAUGCUCUGGAAAUUGUUACGGCCCAUAUUUAGUGUUUUCUCAGUGAAGGCAACCUCACUUUGUCACAAACAGUCAAAUAAUUAUAUUUCUCCGUAUCAACGGCCGGCCUCACCCUGUUCUCCUGGAUUGGGUGUGAAUGUAUAGACAUGUCCGUGCACCAUCUCUCAUUAUACGUACACCUCCACAUUUUAAUAUGCAAAUUACACUCUCAUCUGGCUGCAGAUUUCGAUUUUCGGAGUCGAGCAUGGUAUUUUUUUAAUGACUCACAGACACGUUUUACGUUUAAUAUUUUAAAUUGCGGCAUUGUGUCAUUCACUGUUAAGACUCGUUUAAAGAUGCGGUCUCUCUAAAUCCGUCAAAGUGACUUCAACACGAACCGGUUCAUGUCCUGUUCGACCGCUUUAGCGUACUGUGCCUUUUGCAGCUGUUAAAGCGCAACAGACCCGACCACCUGGGUGUACGUGACGCGUCGUGUGCUCUGCAGUCAUCUUAUUUGUCGACUAAUGUGCUAGUCAUAUAAAAUGAUGUGUGUGUACUGAGAUAUAAAGCACCAUUGUUAUAAUGGCGACACCUUAUUUUGGAAUGCAGCUUGUUUUUUUUAGUCGCCUUACAUUCUGCUGUCUGUCCGUCAUAUUUGUGUGUAUACAUAUCACUUACAGUACGGUGCCUUGAAUAGAGAUAUCUUUUAGUUUUAAUACCGUAUGACUGUGUCCGGUAAGAUGCUGGUGAGGCUUUGUCCCUGUAAUUAGGGAUUGGCUAUAUUUUAUCAAUGCAAAUGAACCAGCAGCUAGGGAUUUAAUAUAUUUAACUUACAAUACAAUCUAAUAAAGCAUAUGGUCAGUAGGGUGAUUUGUGCUUAAUACCGUUCUAUUGAAGUUCCAUCAGUUUUUAGCUGAAGUUUCAUUCCUGUCUGCAUGCGUAAAUGAAGUAGUAGAUAAAGAAAUGCUGCAUUACCAGAUUUUCUGCCCGAGUAAAAGGUAAUUGCAAUUCAUGCCGCAUCUCUUUAUGUAAAGCUGAAAAGUGUCUUUUUUUUAUAUAUUAAAACUUUACAGUGAAAGUAUAUGUGGAAAAACAAUUGGUUGAACUAUUGUGUGAAUGACUAUCUGUCUGUUUGACCAGCUCUAGAUUAGGGGUGCUUGGGAAAUCUGUUUGGAAAAAAAAAGAGUUAUUUUUGCAAUUCCAUUUGUGAAGAAAUUGCACAGCACCAAUACACAUCACAUUCAAGAAUGAAGAAUACUGUCUGAAUCUGUGAUGACUGUGUAAUGUGUGGAAAUGGGAUGAACGGUUUUUGUUUUUUUAAAAUAAAUUUCUAAAAGUGUG